AUGAUGAGCUGGUGGUCUUCGGGGGCGAACACUGCCCUUGACGAGCAGAUUGAGAAGGCGACGAGUAGCAGUUUAGAAGAUAUUGCGCUGAACCUCGAGAUAUCCGAUGUUAUUCGAUCCAAGACCGUCCCGCCCAAAGAUGCCAUGCGUUCGCUCAAAAAACGAAUCGGACAUAAAAACCCCAACACGCAACUAAGUGCUCUUGAGCUUACCGAUACGUGCGUCAAAAACGGCGGACAACAUUUUCUGGUCGAGAUCGCCUCGCGCGAAUUCAUAGACAACCUUGUCUCUCUUCUCAAGGCCACAGGGCCUGCUGCCGUCAACGCAGACGUACGAGCCAGGAUUCUCGGGCUGAUACAGUCCUGGGCAGCUGUCACACAGGGUCGCGUUGAACUUUCGUACAUUGGGGAGGUUUACAAGACCCUGCAGCACGAGGGCUUUCAGUUUCCCCCAAAAGUCGCUGUGGCUACCAGUAUGAUUGACAGCAGUGCGCCUCCUGAGUGGACCGACUCCGAUGUCUGCAUGCGUUGCAGAACUCCGUUUACUUUUACAAACCGGAAGCACCAUUGUCGCAACUGCGGCAGCUGUUUUGAUCAGCAAUGCUCGUCGAAGUCGAUCCCGUUACCACAUCUUGGCAUAAUGCAGCCGGUUAGAGUGGACGAUGGCUGCUAUGCCAAAGUUACGGAUAAGAGCAGGGGUUCAGGAGGCGCUGGCGCCGGCGCAGGAUAUGAUCGAAAGUCGCCCAGCCUGUAUUCUUCAUUCCCCCACAAGAACCGAUCGUCUUCAGCGAUGCAGCCCCGGAGUGCUAGGGUUGAUGACGGAUUUGAUGAAGACCUGAAGAAAGCCCUAGCAAUGAGUCUGGAAGAGGUCAAGAGCCAUUCCAGAAAUUACGCGCCUGCAAGCAAUGGUGUUGCCAACAGCGGCCAGUCCAAGGUUAAUGGGGAUUCUUCCGCAACGAAGACUGUGGAGGAGGAAGACGAUGACCUCAAGGCUGCAAUCGCAGCAUCGCUGGCUGACAUGGAGGAGCAGAAGAAAAAGCAUUCUGCAGUACUCCACGAACAGACGCAUAGUACAGAGGCGGCAUCCGCAUCAACUUUCGUCCCGCCCAAGAACGACUACGAGCUUACACCGGUUGAGGCGGAGAACAUCAACUUGUUUGCGACACUAGUAGAUCGCCUUCAGACGCAACCUCCUGGGACAAUUCUGCGCGAGCCUCAGAUCCAGGAACUCUACGAUAGUAUUGGGACACUUCGGCCAAAGUUAGCGAGGACCUACGGAGAGACUAUGAGCAAACAUGAUACCCUUCUUGAUUUGCAUGCCAAACUCGCAACAGUAGUGCGCUACUAUGACCGAAUGCUCGAGGAGCGACUCUCAAAGGCGUACGGUCAGCGCAAUUUCGCGGGUUACAACAUGCAUGUACCUCGCCAGACAUCUAGCCCUUAUCCAUCGCUACAAGGCCCCAGUGCACCUGCAAAUGUUCCCGGAGAAAGUUUUUACACCGGGCAACCUCAGCACGACUAUGCCGAACCGUCAAGGCAACCUUCAUAUCCUCCACAAGCCUCUGGCGCUCAACAGCAGUUCCACCAAUAUGCGCCACCUCACCAAGCUUCUCAGCCCAGCGAGGGCUGGCAGCCCUCGCACACUCCCGCUCCGGCAGCCCAGUAUGCUGGACAGCCUCCUCAGCAGUCGACAGAGUCGACUCAUUCUCAUUCCAGCGCUCACAAUCACCAGAACCUUGCAGCGCCAAGCGCACCAGAUCAGUCGCUCCCAACGCCUACCACGGAUCCGGCCGCUUCUUAUUAUUUUAAUCAACAACAAGUGUCCGCACUGCAGACGCCGGUGUCUGUUCCCGCGGAGCCUGUACAAUCGCCAUACCCCAACUUGCAACAACAACCCCCAGCACAAUACCAACACUCACCUGCUCCUCAAGGCCAAGCGCAGCAGCAAAAACCACCCCAGCAGCCCCAACAGCCGUACUGGCAACAUUCUGCGUCCCAGAACACUGCGUUGCCGACGAAUCACCAGCCAUGGCCCCAGGUUCCCAACAGACAAAGUGCAUCUUACGUGCAAGAGCCCUUACCUUCCGCACCCCAGCACGCACCGCAAAAGCCCGUUGUAGAGGAGGCUCUGAUUGAGUUGUAG